AUGGCAGAAGUGCUGUUGAGAGUGCACAACAACGUUCUCAUGGACGCCAUCACUAUUCACGUGCAUGGAAUUGACAAACACGAAGCUAAAUCUGCUGUAAUGCUUUUCAGAGUUGUGGUAUAUGGAUGGUGUAGCAUUUAUUCAACAAUGCCCUAUUCAAAGCACAAAUUAGAUUGGACUACCGAAUCAACGGAGGAAGCUUACAUGCGCCUCAUGGAAAAAACAAUGAAAUGGAUGUAUGGUUUCGAUGGUCACCAAAAGUGUUGGCAGCCAACGCGAACAUUAGAUGGAGGAAAUAUCGGUGGAGCAGUUCCCAUUUCUGCACUACUUAUCAAUGACAGGGGUUGGUACAACCAAACGGAUAUCCUGACACGCCCUUGGAAUUUACCACUUGAGAGAUUUUUGAUCCGAAAAGGUGAAACGGUACUUUUCCGGAUUACCAACGGAGGAGUGGCGCAAGAGCUGAUGCUGCACAUUGAAGGCCAUAAACUGCUUGUCGUCGCAGCUGAUGGGAAUGAUUGUGCUCCACAGGAAGUGGAUCGUCUGAUUAUUUUCCCUGGAGAACGCUACGACGUUGCCUUGCGCGGUUUGAAAAAACCUAUCAAAAGAACAUACAUGCUUGUCAUUGAAACCGUGCAAUACUAUUACUUCGAUUGGACGCGGGUUGAUACCGAUUACGGGGUUGCUUUUUUGGAGUACGAAGAUGUCGAUAUGAUCGAGGAGAAGACCCCACCCACUUUCACCCAUUCUCCCGAGUGCACAUCAGAAAACAGAUGCAUUGUGCUAAACUGUCCGUUUGAAAAUUAUCCGUCCAACUAUAACUUUACCUGCCUAUCUUACGAGGUAUUACGCCAUCCAAAACCAGAGGCCAUUGACGCGGAGCUUCUUCAGGAUACUCCUUUCGAAGAUAGUUUUGAGGAACAUUUCAUCAACAUGCAUUACGACUCACAUGUGAAUGGCUUCAAGUUUGAGUUCCCCAAAGGAAUGCCAUACUACAAUAAAAAUAGGAUGAAUCUAAUAUCGAAGGAGUGCGACAACACGGAAUGCCCUUCCGGAGCGAAUAGAUAUGACAAGAAAUGCAAAUGCUUCUUCCAUUUAAAACACAAAUUGAACAACAUAGUGCAGAUAACGAUAUUCAAUAUGGGCAAAGGAGGUGGAUUUGCCACUGGUUAUGCUCAUCCGUAUCACAUUCAUGGAACCCAUUAUCAUAUUAUGAAGGUGGGCUGGCCGAAAUAUAAUGCUAGUGGGAUGAUUGCGGAGAUGAAUCCUGAUAUUGACUGUGAUGGAGCUGAUACGAAUUGCGACGACGUGGUGUGGAGAAAUAAAAGUUGGCUUCACGGAGCUGUUGCAGGAAUGAACACAAGAAAUCCGUCGCUCAGAGAUACGGUCACAGUUCCUGUCGGUGGCUACGUUGUUUUGCGGUUUCGAGCAACGAAUCCCGGCUGGUGGUUUGCUCAUUGCCAUCUGGAACUUCACCAUAUGAGUGGAACUGCGUAUGCCUUCCAGGUCGGUGAAGACGAUGAAAUUCCACCUCCACCGGCCAACUUCCCACACGAUUGUGGAUACUUUAGCAUGCCAUCCGUAAGUUCUUCCACAUGA